CAGAUCCCCAAUUAUCUGCCUUUAGCCCUCAAUCUAGGGUUUCUCUCGAUUCGAAAGUAACAAAAUCCAAUCCAGUGUUCUUUUUUUCUUUUCUCUCCAUCCUAGUUGAAAUCCUCUUUGCUGUCAAAGAUGAACUCAACUCUUAUCCAGUCGAGUUUUGAUUCUGACGGCGACCAGAAGGGUAGCACUGAGGCUAUUCCUCGUUUGAGCACCUCUGCGUAUGAAACACCUGAUUUCGGAUCUGGAGCAAAGAGGCAGAAGGUCAUAGAAGACGACAAGAAAGCCAAGGGUGGCGACGGCGAUGCGCUGGUGGAAACCGAAGAUGAUGAUUCUGACGAGAUUGAGGAUGGCGAUGAUGAAGAUGAUUUCAUGGAGGUCAAACAGUAUACUCCGAAGACGACGAUCUGGGAGAGCUGUUCGGAAGAUGAUGAAGGCUUCCAACGCUACCUUAGUAAAGUUAUUGACAGCGAGGGUUUUGAUUUGGACGAAGACCCUCUAGAUGAGUACCCUUUCACUGGUUUCACGGUGUGUAGGGUCAACUUUGACCAUCCCGACCACGCCCAUCAUAAGGAAUAUGUUGCCAAGUGCAUCCAAACUGCUAUUCAGCAACAGCACGAACCUCUGACGUACGUUAAGACCUUGACUGCAAAUUAUGCGGUAGAAGUUGGUUACAUCUAUUUCAUUACAUUUAUGGCUAAGGAGAAUUCAUCAUCGGAGGUCAAAACCUACCAAACCGAGGUUUCACAUGACCUUUGGGGUGGGAUGGUGGUAAAUAAAUUCCGGAAGAAAAUCCAGUGAUCGAGUUGCUGAGUAUUGAUUUAUGAACAUUUCUGCAUUUCCUUCUUCAGUAUUCGUCUUUGUAAGAAUUAUCUAACAUUCCUCGUCGUCCCUUGAAAACUAAUCUUUAUCCCUUGUUUCAUUUGCGUGUUGGUAUAACUAUACUCUCUAUGUUUGCCGUUUGUAGGUGCAGCCGCAUGCUUAAUUAAGGUGGACCAUUGCAAGUAGAAGUGUCGAUGGGUAGAUGUUAUGUAAUCAUAUGGAGUAUUUUCUGACCCACUUGUAAUUCGUGCUCGUUAAUUAUGUGACGAUGUGUUUCCGUUGUGCAACUAGAAGUCUAGAACAGAAUACUAGUAUUUCAGGGAGAGAUUAUCCAGUAAUUCUCUCAGCUUUCAGUCCUAGUAUGCUAGGGUAAUGUAUUGACCAAGUAACCAACUCCUGGAUUGCGUGUUUUAUGAUACUGUCGGAUCCUACUCAUAUGGUCUUGAUCAUGCUAUGCAUUCAUCUUGCUUGG